AUGUGGGACUCAUCUGAUCCCACUAGAAACCCUCCUCCAAUGCCUCUUCAGCCAGAUUCUCCUAAUCUUAACCCUGUCAGCCAUGGGUCAGGACCUGUUUCUGGAAGCCCUUUCAAACUCAGUUCAAGUCCAAUAAUUCGCCAGCCGUUUCACAGUCGUAAUACUUUCAUGUCCAUUAAUGAAGAGCGUUUACAGGAGAUUUUAGAAAACUCUCGCGAUUUAAAGACACAGUUGGACAUUAUCAAGGAAGGUAUUGACGACCCAGAGUCUCAUAAUAAAAGAAAAAGUAGCCAUCACCAUCAUGAAAAUACAAGGGCUCUUACUUCUCUUUUGGAAGAUACAAAAUUGGCUUCGGAACGUGCUUCGGAGUCUAUUCGUGAAAGCUUGCCAUUAAUUUUGUCAACAAUUCAGACUGAAAAGGAACGUCAACAUAUGUUUCCUUCAAUUAUGAAUUCAAUUUUGGAACAAUCUCACGAAAUUUCAAGACGCACUCAGUCUCAAGAAGCACAAAUUGCUAGGCUUCUGGCUUCCUCUAAGUCUCAGGAAGCUGAAUUUCGGAGAGACGGCGGCUUAGUUACCAAUAACGAUCUUGACCGCAUUAUGGCCAGAAAAAACAAUACUGUACUAGAUCAACUUUCUGAAUUCAUUGAUGUUAUUGGUGCACAACAAAAACAAACACUCGGAUUGAUUCACAGUUUGAAAGAGAGAGGGGAUGUUGCUAGUGGUGAUUACGAAAAAGUGUUAUCAGUCAUUGGGAAAGAAUCUGAAGCAAUUAUUACGGAUAUCACUAAGGCUAUUAAACAAUCUCAAGAUAUUAGCCUUCAAAGUAUCAACAGCAUUCCGAAGCGGAUAUCGGAACUUGAAGACAGCUUCACCAGUGUAUUAGAUAAAGCCGUGCUCAGCAUUUCUUCUAAGGCUACAGGAGACAACAAUUAUAUGAUACCUGAAAUUUCAAUAAAACUUAACGAAGUAUCUACAGCGGUUGAAAAGGCGAAUGAAGAAAAUAUACAAGCUCACUACAAUACUGUUGGUGGCCUCUAUGAUCGUUUAGAAGAAUUGAUUAUAAGAGAGCAGACUGAACAAUUAGCCAGUACAUCUGCUGUUACUGAAACACAAUACAAAGAUCUUCAGGGUUCCAUCAACACGCGAGGUGAAACACUAGAGAAGAAGCUCACCAUUGGACUUUCGGUCCUUGAAGAGAAGCUUCACACUUUACUUCAAGAUUUUGAAAAAUCUUCCAAGGAUCAAGAAUCUAGAUAUUUAGAACAAGGAUCGUAUAUUCGCGAGCUUGUUGAUGGAGCGCUCAAGUGCACUGCAGGAAAUAUUUCUACUCAGCAAAGUGAACUCUUAUCAGAAAUUUCCGGACUAGAUGAUAAACUAAGAGCUGUUUCUGAAGCUACAACCAAGGCGAUUGAAAACAGUAGCAGCCAGCUUGUUGAAGUGCUUUCCAAAGGUUUGGAGGAUAUGACGAAGGGUGGUGGAAGUAGCCAGGAAAGCAAAUUAAAGGCAGAAAUUGCCGAACUGAGCAGCCAAUUUGCAGCAUUUUCGAAACAAGUACAGGAACAUUUCAAUAAAAAUUCUGAUAUGGAAGCACGCAUGUCGGAGACUGUAAACAAGGAACUGGCUACUAUGACGCAGAAGAUGGAUGAGAUGGAAGCCAAGCGGGCUUUAGAGCUUGAGAAGGUACAAUUAACCAAAAUUGCCAAACUAGAACAAGAGCUCAAGGCCGCGAUGCAGCAGGCUGCCGCGGCCGAGGCCCGUGCACAAGCAGUUGAAGAUAAUAUUACUCACCAAAAACAAGCACAUCAGUUGGAACUUCAGAGUCUCAAGUUUAUGAGCUGGGAUGUGGAAAAGUAUGAAGCCAAAAUCAGUGAUCUGGAGAAGGAGACGAGCGCUUUGCGAGAAGAGAAGGCAAGAAUACAAGCGGAACUUGCUGGAGUAAAUAGUACUUAUGAGCUCCGAGUAGAAGAACUUGCUGGUCUGGAAUUGCGAGUGGAGGCAUUUGAACGUCGAUUGGGUCAAGCCCUUUUAAAUCGAUCCAAGGCAAUUUUGGGAUCAGCAGCCAUGACUGUGAUCAAUAGCAAUAGUGGGCUUGCACAUACCGGUUCUACAGUGGCCACAACUGCAGCAGCGGCAGCAGUGCACAACAGCGGUGGCAAUGGGUACCAUCACCAUUCUCGACCACGGGAUUCGCAGGCAUCGGCGUACUUUUAUACCAACAAUGGGGGAAGUCGGUGCAGCAGCAGUUCCAGCAAUGUUGAUUCUCUGCCACAAUUGCAGCAGCAGCAGCAGCAGCCAGAGAUGACAGAAGGUAAGGGGCUAUUUAUGGAUAGUGACAGUGACGAUGGUGGCAAGGAAAAUGAAUUUGUUGCAGGUCCGCCAUUGAUGAUGAAGAAGCAGCGGGGUAGCAAUGUGGGCGUAGUACGGGGUCCUUUUGGCGUGACGCCUGUAAAACACCGGAGUAUUAGCUUGUUUACACCGGGAGAGCUUUCUGAUUAA